CACUUGGUAGGACGGCAUGGGACUUGUAUAUCGUCGCAGACUCCCUGUCGUGAGUUCUUCUCUCCUUGUCCGUCUCCACUCCACCUCCUCUCGUGAGUCUGCACUGCCAAUGCGAAAAGCACCGUUCCCACCUUAGAUGCCUGACGCAAGCUCCAGCCGCCGGAGUACCUCGUCAGGUGUCGACCCGGAGCCAUUGAUCCUGGGAAGAUUGAGUCGCAGCGCAUCUUCGCCAUGUCGCUCAAGCAAGAGAUAGAGACCUGGGUCGCAGCGCUGGCUGCGUACGACAACAAUGAGUUCGACAAUGCCAUCAAAUGCUUCGAGCAGAUAGCGGACACGUCCAAGAUCUUGUUCAACUGUGGGGUGAUACAUGCGACGUUGGGCGAACACGCGAAGGCUGUGGAGUGCUACCAGCGCGCAGUCCAGCUCGACCAGUACCUUGCCAUUUCGUACUUCCAGCAAGGCGUCAGUAACUUCCUCAUGGGCGACUUUGAAGAGGCUCUGGCCAACUUCAACGAUACUCUGCUAUAUCUUCGAGGCAACAACAACAUCGACUACGAGCAGCUGGGCCUCAAGUUCAAGCUGUACUCCUGCGAAGUCCUGUUCAACCGAGGCCUGUGCUACAUCUACCUCCAGCAGAAAGACGCUGGCAUGCAAGAUCUCAUCUUUGCGACAAGAGAAAAGAUGGUGCCGGAUCACGACGUGAUUGACGAAGCCAUUCGCGAGCAGGCCGAGGGGUAUACGGUGUUUUCCAUCCCAGUCGGCCUUGUCUACAGACCAAACGAGGCCAAGGUGAAGAAUCUCAAGGCCAAGGACUACCUUGGGAGAGCGAGAUUGGUCGCUGCGCAGGACUAUCAAAGCUCAGAUCCACGCCGGCAAGCUGCUCUUGCGGCUGCCGGAAUCGACGACCGGCCUGGUGAGAAGCUCUCGUAUGCUGCGCUCAACCUCGUGAGACCAGAUUUGCGCAGUCGGGGCGCAAGACAACAGUCAGAGCCGCCCAUUCACCGCAAUGUAUUCCCUCCAACGCCACCACCUGAGCUCGAGCGGCCCGAUUCUGCCCACGGCAAGAGAAAAUCUUCCGAAAGCACCAGCUCUGAAAGAUCAAAUCUCCAAGCCGCCCGGCCCUCGGCGAAGCCAUUACGGCUGGAACUCGGCGUGGCAGCUUUUGAGCAGAAAACCAGCCCAGCCGAGCGACCACGGCUAGGCACAAAACGAUCGGAGUCCGAACGUCCUCCCAUGAGACGAGAAUUUUCAGGUGGAUCAACAACACGAGGCAGAGAAGGAAAGAGUGCGCGUGAGCAGCAAAGAAGUGUGCAGCAUCGAGAAAUCCCGGAAGUGCGGAUCGAGGAAGACCCGAUUGAGGCAUACAGUGAACAGGUCAUCACGCAACAACAGCAACAACAAGCCUCAUCACAUCAGCGCUCGCGAUCAAGUGCGCACCGCAGUCAGCCGGUCGCAAUCGAAGAAGAAGACGAGGAUGAUGUGAUCUCACCCUCCGAUUCAAUCCAUUCCCCCCUCGCCUUCGAAAUAAUCCUCCCUCCCAAGCAGCAGUCACACUCCCACCGCUCCCACUCUUCUCGUCGUGCGCCGGAACUUCGGAAACUUCGCAUCAAAGUGCAUGCCGAAGAUAUGCGAUAUGUCAUGACUUCCCCUUCUGUCACUUACGGCGACCUUUCAUCACAAAUCCGAUCGAAGUUCGCUUUGCAAGGUGCUUUUAAACUUAAGAUUCGCGAUGAGGAUGGCGAUUUGGUGACUUUGGCUGACCAGGAUGAUCUUGAUAUGGCUGUCGCUAUGUGUAAGGCUGUUGCUGUCAAGGAUCGGGCUGAUAUGGGGAAGAUGGAGAUGUGGGUGCAGGAGAUUUGAUGUGUGUGUGUGAUGUGAUGUGAUUUGAUACCCUUUCUUGAAAAUGAAUGAGUGGGGUUGAUAUAU